AUGAUUAAUUUAAGAACCAGGAUUGAGCCGGUGGUUGCUUUCACUAAAGUAGCCAGCUCUUUCUAUGAGAUUAGGCUUCAAAUUGCUGCUGACUACAAUGACAAAAACACCUCAUCUAACAACUCCACGGAAAGCAAAUUGAAUUUCGUUGUUGUUUACAGAUUGGUUACGGUUUGCAGCUGUUUCCUGACUAUGUGCAUCCUGGCACAAAUUAUUGAGACCAUCAACAGGAAAAUCCCAAUCUGUGUCCCAUUGGUAGGAAGCCUCAUCUCAUCAAUACUCCUGCUGUUCGUCACACUUUGGAACUGGCCAAUAGAGGUGAUGUAUGGCGCCGCCAUUUUGAAUGGCCUGAGCGGCUGGUUCACCAUAUUCUGGUCCAGUGUUAUCAUCUGGGUGGCUCAUGGCUCCUCGGACAGCAGCAGGUCUCUCCAGCUAACUCUGAUUCAGAUGGUGCAUGAACUGGCAGACUUUUACCAAGGCGUCAUCGCUGCCGGCUGCAGCAUCACCUGCUACGCAUUCUGUGUCUUGUACAUCAUUUUUGUUUUGAGGACACCUGAGUCUGGAGUAGUACAUGAUGAAGAAUCCAAAGGGAAUUCCAUGAUAGAGAGUAAAGAUCAAAACAUCGAUCCCAAGGACGCAGAGAAAAGUGGAAUGUUAGAGCGCGAAGAUGAAACGCAGGACGCUGCACCAAACUACAUGCUGGUUGGGGUUUUAUUAUGUAGCGCUGCCAUUUACCACUUUGCUUUCACCGGAGCACAUAGCGUCAUCAGGCUGUUUGUAACAAAGAAACUUUUCUUACGUUGCAUUCCCCCAGAAGCCUGGUUCGGCCUGACCCACAUUACUAGCACCCUGGGAAUGUUUAUUUUCGCUCGGCGUGCAAAAGACUUGGACUUUAUUUUAGUGGGAAUGUGCUCAUUCUGCGCCGGAAUUCUCAUCAUGGCCUUCGUGAAAUGGACCUUCCUAUAUAUCAUUGCUCAAAUAGUGAUGAUGUUUUCAGAUAUGCCGAUCCCGAAGAUCAUUUCGGUGGUUUCCAAACAAGUUCCGCCAACGACAUUCCGUAAGUUUAUCAAACAGUUCUUAUUCUUUAUCAUUACCUGCAAUGCCGGCAACACCAGAGGCAAUACUCCAGCGGUAUAA